GCGGCCACUUACCAUAGAGAGGAAGGUGCAGUGGAUGAACAGUCCCUGUAAGGAUAAAUUGAACACUCAGAGCAGCACGCCGCCUCGUGGAGCUCUGUAGGGAAACAGCUUCACAACAACAGCAGCCUUCUCCCAGCACUGAGCGUCCCGAGACCCACAGCAAACAUUGCUUGUCCUAGGAAUGUUACUGCUUAUGUCAGCGCCAUAUCAGUGGUCAAUUAAAGAGUUAUCACUUAUUAAUGUGGACCCCCCACCGUGGAUAAUCUGAGCUGUCGUAACAAUGAAUAAUGAUAGAAAUGGAAUGGCUGAGAGGAUCCUGAAUCUCACCCUGGAGAUCAUCUGUCUGCUGACUGGAGAGGAUUAUGUGAUUGUGAAUAAGAUUGCUGAGCAUGUAAUGCAGAGAAGCACUGCUCGUGUCUCAGAAGGAUCAGGUAGGACCCAGGCCACCAUCACGGUGCCACCAUCUCACUCAACGAUACAUGAGAGGAACAAUGAAAAGAAGAUCCUGGAACUGACCAAUCAGAUCAUCCACCUGCUGACGGGAGAGGUUCCUAUAAGGUGUGAGGAUGUCACUGUCCAUCUCUCCAUGGAGGAGUGGGAAUAUUUAGAAGGACACCAGGAUCUCUACAAAGAUGUGAUGAUGGAGAAUCACCAGACACACAUCUCAAUGGAUGGCUCCAUAUUCAAUGAUGCAUAUAAAGAAUUCCCCACGCCUAUUUCUUCAGUUGAUUUUCUAAAGGAAGAUAUACAAUCUAUUAAAAAUGAUCUGGGAGAAAAAUGUUUGAAAGUGUGUAACCCGACGAUGGUGCUGAGCAGAUCUCUGAGAAAAGUAGGCACAGAUUUGGCUUCACGCAAAAAAGAAAGUCUCCAAGACACUGACAUCUAUACAGAGGCAGAUUAUAUAGCUAUUCGUAACAAAGAGGAAUCUGCUUUAUGUGACGAUGGAAAUCUCACGGACACUGACAGAUAUACAGAGACAGAAUACCCUGCUGUUCAUAUCAAGGAGAAGCCAGCCGUGUGUGAAGAAGGGAAUCUUAAUGACAUAUACACACAAACAAAAUACACAUCAACUCAUGUUCUGGAGAAACCAGACUUAUGGAAAGAAGGGAAAUGCACAGACACAGAGAUGUAUAUACCUAGGGAGCAUACACAGAAAAGAUGUUUUGCUACGAAGAAGGAUUCAGAUUCCAAUGGAAAAGAAAAUGGUGCUUGCAAUCUCAUUUACACACCUAUGAAAAAUACAUUCACAGAAUAUGGAUUAAGUUCUAAAUCUCACCCACAACAUCAUACUACAACAAAUAUGUUCAGAUGUCCCAAGAGUCAGGAUGGUUUCACUGGUAACUUAUGUCUUAAUAAACAGAAGAUGAUUCAUGAAGUAAAGAAAUUAGCCUUAUCUGAAUUUGGCAAACCGUCCUCUGGUGAUUUUAUGUGUUGGGAAUCUAAUGAAAGCGAAAAAUUAAUCAAAUGUGAUGACAGUAACAGUUUAUACAGUGAUUCAGCUCCUCGUACACAUCAACGAUUUGGAAAAGGAGACGAGCCAUAUAUAUGUUCUGACUGUGGGAAAUGUUAUAGCAAUCACCCAAAUCUUCUUAAACAUCAGAGAAUUCACACAGGAGAAAAACUCUUUUCUUGCUCAGUAUGUGGGCGAUGUUUUACACAUAAAUUAAAUCUUGAUAUACACGAGAGGGCUCACACAGGAGAGAAACCAUUCUCUUGUUCUGUAUGUGGGAAAUGUUUUAAUGCAAAAUCAAAUCUUGUUACUCAUCAGAGGAUACACACAGGAGAGAAACCUUUCGAAUGUAAUGUAUGUGGGAAAUGUUUUUCUAAUAAGUCAAAUUUAACCAAACACCUGAAGAUUCACACAAGAUGAUAUAGCUAAUAUCUUGAAUGAGUUAUGUGAUUUUGUUGUAAAUUCUAAUGAAAUGUUAUGAAUGUCAGUACACCUCAGGAAGUAAGUAGAGCAAAGAACUAACACCAGAACUGAUAGAGAAGGCAGUAACUGUGCUAAUCUCUUCA